CGCUGCGGGGCUUGAUAAACACUUGCCCAUCAGCGAUUACUGCCGCAGCAUGUACACGUCAUUGGUAGCCUUGAUCGCGUUGGUAGCCUGCGCCGCGGCAGCGCCUGCCGACGAGCCGAUACCGAUCAUCAGCCAAAGCCAGGACGGUCCCAAUCCGGACGGGUCGUACAAGUGGAAUUACGAAACCGGUAACGGUAUCAAAGCCGAGGAGGAGGGCCACGUGGAGGACGCCGGGUCGGAGAACGAGGCGAUGAAGGCGGAGGGCGGCUUCAGCUACACGAGCGACGACGGACAGGCGAUCUCCCUGACGUACGUGGCCGACAAGAACGGCUUCCAGCCGGUGGGCGCUCAUCUACCCACCACACCGGAAAUCCCGCCGUUGAUACUGAAGGCCCUCGAGUGGAACGCGGCGCAUCCGUCCAAGGAUGAUGAGAACCAGGUGUAAAAACAGCGAUACCGGCGCCGGCCGUCCAGCAUGUGAUCUCACGACCUCCACGAGUAAUUAUUCCGCCACGAGAAUGGAAGACGAUCCACGGUAAUAAAGGUCCACGGUGACGCCACGGACGGACGGAGUGUUGCCGCCGCGCCGCCCGCGCGUCGUCGUCCCUCGCCCCUCGAAACGAACACGGACUACUCUGGUUCAAAUUGUUGUAAAUAUUUAUUGUAACACGACAUUAUACACAUGCGUAUAUUUUACUAUAUUGUAUUGUAUUGUGUUAAUAUAUAAUAUGUAUUUGAAGAGACGCGAACGCGCGUACGCUGCACGACUGACUCGUCGUUAGUUGCACGCGUCACGGUGCAUUAAGAAUAAACGUUGCAUCCCAGGAGA